AAAAUUGUUAUUAGGGGUUGUAACUUGUACCGUACUAUGUCUUCUCAAAAUUCUUCCUUUCUUAUAUGCAGCUCAAUUUGUAACUCAAUUUCCCCCCUCUCUUCAAACAUCGAUUUAUCUAUUGAACCUCUUUUUCCUCCCAAAUCUCUUCUAGGGUUUAUAUUCACAAAAUUGAACCGUUCCUUUUAGGUUUUCCGUAAAUUGGCUUCACAGGAUUCUAGGGUUUCGGUUUUCAAAUUCUCGUUGAAGCAAAAAAGUUGAACAUGAACAAAGAUUUCCAGGAGCUGAUACUCGCUGACAAGCUCUCCAAGCUUAAUAGCUCUCAGGCAGCCAUUGAAACUUUAUCACAUUGGUGUAUAUUUAACCGGAGCAAUGCUGAACAAGUUGUUUCGACAUGGAAAAUACAGUUUGACAAAUCAGAUAUAGAACGCCAAAUUCCCCUUUUGUAUCUUGCAAAUGACAUCAUGCAGAACAGCAAGCGUAAUGGGAAUGAGUUUGUGAUUGAGUUUUGGAAGGUUCUUUCUGCAGCAGUCAAGGAUGUUCUUGCGAAAAACAAUGAUAAGGGAAAUCGUACAGUAGCUAGACUGCUUGAAGUAUGGGGGGAAAGGAAUGUUUUUGGGUCUCAUGUGCAAAACCUCAAGGAUAUAAUGCUUGGAGAGGGCUCUCCUCCGCCAUUGGAACUCGGCAAAAAGAGAUCGCGUUCUGUUAAAGUUAUGAAAAGGGAUUCUGUAAAGAUUUUGAAAAGGGAUUCUCGUUCUAUUAAAUCGAAAUUGUCCAUAGGAGGAACGACAGAAAAAAUAGUGUCUGCAUUUCAUUUGGUGCUCAGUGAACAGGCCAAUGAAGAUGAAGACAUGAGUAAUUGCAAGUCCGCUGUUCAGCGUGUGAGGAAGAUAGAGAAAGAUGUUGAUAUUGCAUGUACCACCGCUUCAGCUAAGGAUCCUAAGCGGAAAACUUUGAUGAAGGAUCUAGAAGAGCAACAAAAUCUAUUAAAACGUUGCAUAGAGAAACUUAAAUUAGUUGAAGCAAGUAGAGCAGCCCUAGUAUAUCAGUUAAAAGAAGCUUUGCUCGAGCAGGAAUCGGAACUGGAGAGUGUUCGUACACAGAUGCAGGUUGCUCAAGCACAAAUAGAAGAGGCUAGCAACAUGCAGAAGCGACUCGAUAAUGAAGAUCCGUCACAGGAUGCAUCAUUUAAAAGAACUUCAAGCACUGAUGCAGCUUCACAAUCAGAAGCAGCAACUAAAAAGUCAGCUGCAGCAAUUGCCGCUGAGGUUGCAGAUAAACUUACAGCUUCAUCAUCAUCUCAAUUGAUCAUGCGUUCUGUUCUCUCAACAUUUGCUGCAGAAGAGGCAAAGAGUGCUCGUCUAACGUCGGAGUCCACGUCAAAUUCUAUGAUAUCAAUGCCAAGUUCAGAUGCUCAUGUCUUUAUGCCAGCACAACAGUUGAAUGCCGUGCCAAACCAUUCAUAUCCUUCAGUUUUGGUAACUCAACCAACUAUGCACAAUGCAGCCCCGUCGAUGCAAGGUCAAUAUCACUUAUAUAGUAAUCCAUCACCCCAGCAAUAUGUGCAGUCAACAGGAGGGGUCAUCUCUCCAUAUGGUUAUGGUAGUGUACCACCAUUACAGCCAGCCCCACCCCCACCACCUUUUACGAAUCAUACAAUGCAAACAACGCAGCAACAGCCAGUACCAACUUUUACAAAUCAUACAAUGCAAACAACACAGCAACAGCCAGUGCCAACUUUUACAAAUCAUACAAUGCAUACAACACAGCAACAACCAGGACCAGCUUAUAGGAACCAUACAAUGCAAAUAACGCAGCAACAUCCAGUACCAAUUCAUGUUCCAGUGCCUCCAAGUUUCCGGCCACUUCAGCCAUCAGGAACGAUGUACUAUGUUAAUCAUUAGCAUUAAAUAUGUGGUAUACUGCAGUUGACACAGCCUUUGUUGUAACGAGCAAAUUCCGGAGAUUCAGAAUUUCAUUUUUUUGCUGGUAUACUGGAACGGGUUUCGUAAACAUAUGGAAGCAAAAUUACUAGUCACCCCCCGGGAAUCGAAAGGAAACUGGCCUGCCCAGAAUCUGAAUACAAAAGUGAGUUGAAUGUGAUAUUUUGUUUGGGAGUUGGAAGGAAAAGAGGGGGGAAGACUUUGAUGGAUGGGUGUAGGGUGGGGUGGGGUGGGGGAGAAAGUGAGGAAAAAAUUCACUUAAUUUAAAAGACUGGUUUAUGGAGAGGAGAGGAGGGAAAACAAAGAUUUUUGACUAAAUUUUAUUUGGGAGUAUUACAAGAAGAGUGAAAGAUUUGGAGAUAUUUUAAAAUUCCUCCAAAUUUUUUCCCAAUUUAUUUUGAGUUUCCUCAUAUUGGGGUAUCUUAAUAAGAAAAAUAAACUCCCAUGUAAGAUGGGUGGUGGUGAUCCUCUUUUCU